UAUGAGAUGUACAGCAUCGAACGAAACGCCGAACGCACCGCCACCGCGGGGAGGCUGCUCUAUGACAUGUUUGUGAAUUUCCCAGACCAACCGGUGGUAUGGAGAGAAAUCAGCAUUAUCACAUCAGCAUUACGGAACGAUUCCCAGGACAAACAAACCCAGUUUUUAAGAAGUUUGUUUGAAACGCUCCCUGGUCGAGUCCAGUGCGAAAUGUUGCUAAAGGUCACAGAACAGUGCUUCAACACGCUGGAACGGUCAGAGAUGCUGCUUCUGCUUUUGAGGCGCUUUCCAGAAACAGUGGUACAGCAUGGGGUUGGCCUCGGGGAAGCACUGUUAGAGGCUGAAACAAUUGAAGAACAGGAGUCUCCCGUUAACUGCUUUAGGAAAUUAUUCGUUUGCGAUGUCCUCCCUCUGAUCAUUAACAACCACGAUGUCCGAUUGCCCGCCAACUUAUUAUACAAAUACUUGAACAAAGCCGCUGAGUUUUACAUCAGUUACAUCACUCGGUCUGCUCAGGUAGAAAACCAGCACCAAGGUGCCCAAGAUGCUCCCGAUUUAAUGUCGCCCAGCAAACGCAGCUCUCAGAAGUACAUCAUCGAAGGGCUGACUGAAAAAUCGUCCCAGAUCGUGGACCCUUGGGAAAGGUUGUUUAAGAUUUUGAAUGUUGUCGGCAUGAGAUGUGAAUGGCAGAUGGACAAAGGAAGACGAAGCUAUGGGGAUAUUUUGCAUAGGAUGAAGGACCUCUGCAGGUACAUGAACAACUUCGACAGCGAAGCCCACGCGAAAUACAAAAACCAGGUGGUUUAUUCCACCAUGCUGGUGUUCUUUAAGAGCGCGUUCCAGUAUGUGAACAGCAUACAACCCUCACUCUUCCAAGGUCCCAAUCCCCCAAGCCAAGUCCCGCUGGUUCUUCUUGAAGACGUGUCCAAUGUGUAUGGCGAUGUAGAAAUCGAUCGUAACAAACACAUACAUAAGAAGAGGAAGCUGGCCGAGGGCAGAGAAAAACCCAUGAGUUCGGACGAUGAAGACUGUUCCACGAAAGGAAGAAAUCGUCACAUCGUGGUCAAUAAAGCGGAGCUCGCUAACUCCAUCGAAGUGUUGGAGAGCUUUAAGUUGGCCAGAGAGAGCUGGGAGCUGCUGUCUUCCCUCGAAUUCCUCGACAAAGAAUUUACAAGAAUUUGUCUGGCCUGGAAGACGGAUACUUGGCUUUGGUUAAGAAUCUUCCUCACUGACAUGAUCAUCUAUCAGGGUCAGUAUAAAAAGGCAAUCGCCAGCCUGCAUCACUUGGCAGCUCUCCAGGGAUCGCUUUCUCAGCCGCAGAUCACGGGACAGGGGACCCUGGAGCACCAGAGGGCGCUCAUCCAGCUGGCCACGUGCCACUUUGCUCUAGGGGAGUACAGAAUGACAUGUGAAAAAGUCCUGGAUUUGAUGUGCUACAUGGUACUCCCUAUUCAAGAUGGCGGCAAAUCGCAGGAAGAACCCUCAAAAAUAAAGCCCAAAUUUAGAAAAGGUUCGGACCUGAAGCUUCUGCCUUGUACCAGCAAGGCCAUCAUGCCGUACUGCCUGCAUCUAAUGUUAGCCUGUUUUAAGCUCCGCGCCUUCACGGACAACAGAGACGACAUGGCCCUAGGGCACGUGAUCGCAGCAGGAGUGGCCAGGGGGAGAGCACCUCUUCCUGAAAGCCGUCAAUAAGAUCUGCCAACAAGGAAAUUUCCAAUACGAGAACUUUUUCAAUUAUGUUACAAACAUCGAUAUGCUGGAGGAAUUUGCCUACUUAAGGACUCAGGAAGGCGGGAAAAUCCACCUGGAGUUACUGCCCAAUCAAGGAAUGCUGAUCAAGCCUUCUAGCUCUCCCAUGGGGUUACAGCAGGAAUUCUUACCUGUGCUUCAGCCCAGCAUACAGACUGCUGACAGGCACCACACGGUCACGCGCGGCAUCACCAAGGGCGUGAAGGAGGACUUCCGCCUGGCCAUGGAGCGCCAGGUGUCGCGCUGCGGCGAGAAUCUGACGGUGGUGCUGCACCGCUUCUGCGUCAACGAGAAGGUCCUGCUCCUGCAGACGCUGGCCUGACCGGGCCUCCUGCCGGGACGGGGACGCGGGGACCUGUGGAAACCGUCUGAGCUCUGACCCCUUGGUAGCUUCAGAGUGCUUCCCAAGAGACUAAGAAACUGUUUCUAUUUUUAAGAGUCAUUUUUUGUAAUUUUUGUAAAAUGUAUCAACCGGUUUUGUAAAUAAAAAUCACCCUAAAA